UUGCAAUAUUGGCGACAAACUCUUGUGCACACUAUUCUUCACUUAAUCCUUUUAUAUAUUUAAUUAUGUUGCAUAAAUUUCAACAUGUAAAAUUGAAUGAUUAGUCAAUGUAUUUUUUCAAAAUCAAUUUGAAGCAUUUAUUUACUCAAUAAGAAUUCAGUAGAAGAUCAGUGGCAAUAUUUGAAAAUGCGUUUCUAAAAAAUAUUUUAAAAUUUCUUAGAAACUCUCAAUUGUAUCUUCAUUUCGAUAUGCAAUUUUCACUUAUAAACAUCAAGUAAAGAUUCCUUUGCCACAAAACAUGCUAUUUCAAGUAUUACAUUUUUAGAGGAGACUUUAAUUUUGUAUAAUUACCACAUCAUAAAUGAAAUUUCAAUUAAUGAAAAGUGAAUCCAGAUUGUCAAAACUUCAUAGGUUAUGGAAGCAGCGGAAAGAGCAAAAAUAUUGCUUAUAAGUCAUCAAGGUUAAAUAUAUGCAGCUAACGCUCUACUUUUCAAUAAGGGUUAGGAUCUCAUCAACCCAGUGAUUGAGAAGAAAAGCUAUUACUUUAUAUAUGCAAUAAAAACAAGUAGUCCUCUGAAAAUUUUUAAAAAAUAUUCUGUCAAUUCUUGUAAAAUAUAUAAAUCAUGCACAAGCAGCAUAUCUAUUAAGAUACCUUUGCUAAUAAUAGUUUUUUUUUUAAUUCUUUACAAGGCACUUUAACAAAGCAUUUUUUCACGCUUGUGAAAGAAAAGCAAAUAUGUGGAUCAUGCACUCUAAAAUAUUAUUUUAAUCUAUGCACUCAAAUUUAGAAUCUAUGCAACCUUAUGUAAGUAGAGUCUUAAUGUGUAGUAGAGUCUUUUCUUCGCAGGAAUAUAUGAUGCCACAAAACUCGACGCUUAUUAGACAGAAACCAUUUGUUUGUCAUGUGUGCAAUAAAGUGUUCUCUCUACGAGGGAGUUUAAAGAUACAUUUAAGAACGCAUACAAAAAAUCUGUAUGCUUGUAAUGUAAGCGAUAAAAUAUUUUCCCAACAAGGAAAUUUAAAGACAAAUUUACUGACACAUACGAAAGAGAAACUACAUAUUUGUGAGAUAUGCUGUAAAAUGUUUUCUGUACGAGGAAAUUUAAAGAGACAUUCACUGAUAUGCAAGAAAGCGUUUUUUCAUAAAGGAAGUUUCAAGAGGCAUUUAAGGAGGCACACGAAAGAGAAACCGUAUAUUUGUGAGAUUUGCAGUAAAGUGUUUUAUAAAAAAGGAGGUUUAGACAUGCAUUUAAGAACGCAUACGAAAGAGAAACCGUAUGUUUGUGAGAUUUGCAGUGUAGCGUUUUCUGGAAAAGGAAAUUUAAAGAGACAUUUAAGAACGCAUACGAAAGAGAAACCGUAUGUUUGUCAGAUUUGCAGUGAAGCUUUUUCUCAAAAAGGAACUUUAAAGAUACAUUUAAGAACGCAUACGAAAGAGAAACCGUAUGUUUGUGAGGUUUUCAGUGAAGCUUUUUCUCAUAAAGGAAGUUUAGACAUACAUUUAAAAACGCAUACGAAAGAGAAACCGUAUGUUUGUGAGAUUUGCAGUGUAGCGUUUUCUGAAAAAGGAAAUUUAAAGAGACAUUUAAGAACGCAUACGAAAGAGAAACCGUAUGUUUGUGAGAUUUGCAGGAAAGAUUUUUCUCAUAAAGGAAGUUUAGACAUACAUUUAAAAACGCAUACGAAAGAGAAACCAUAUGUUUGUGAGAUUUGCAGUGAAGCGUAUUCUUAUAAAGGAAGUUUAAAGAUACAUUUAAGAACGCAUACGAAAGAGAAACCGUAUGUUUGUGAAAUUUGCAUUAAACCUUUUACUCGUAAAGCAAGUUUAAAUAUACAUUUAAGAACGCAUACGAAAGAGAAACCGUAUGUUUGUGAGAUUUGCAUUAAACCUUUUACUCGUAAAGCAAGUUUAAAUAUACAUUUAAGAACGCAUACGAAAGAGAAACCGUAUGUUUGUGAGAUUUGCAGCAAACCUUUUCCUCAAAAAGGAACUUUAAAGAAACAUUUAAGAACGCAUACGAAAGAGAAACCUUAUGUUUGUGAAAUUUGCAGUAAACCGUUUUCUCAAAAAGGAAGUUUAGACAUACAUUUAAGAACGCAUACGAAAGAGAAACCGUAUGUUUGUGGGUUUUGCAGGAAAGCGUUUUCUCAAAAAGGAAGUUUAGACAUGCAUUUAAGAACGCAUACGAAAGAGAAACCUUAUGUUUGUGAGAUUUGCAGUAAACCGUUCUCUCAAAAAGAAAAUUUAAAGAAACAUUUAAGAACGCAUACGAAAGAGAAACCUUAUGUUUGUGAGAUUUGCAGUAAACCGUUUUCUCAAAAAGGAAGUUUAGACAUGCAUUUAAGAACGCAUACGAAAGAGAAACCGUAUGUUUGUGGGUUUUGCAGGAAAGCGUUUUCUCACAAAGGAAGUUUAGACAUGCAUUUAAGAACGCAUACGAAAGAGAAACCUUAUGUUUGUGAGAUUUGCAGUAAACCGUUCUCUCAAAAAGAAAAUUUAAAGAAACAUUUAAGAACGCAUACGAAAGAGAAACCUUAUGUUUGUGAGAUUUGCAGUAAACCGUUUUCUCAAAAAGGAAGUUUAGACAUGCAUUUAAGAACACAUACGAAAGAGAGACCGGACGUUUGAAAUAUAUGCAAUAAAACAUUUUCUUGUGGAAACAUUUUAUGGAAAUAUUUUCUGAUAAAUACGAAGCAUAAAGUUCUGUGUGUAAUAAAGUAUUUAAUGAAAAAGGAAAUAUGCAGUCCCAUUUACCGACCCAUUCUAAAAAAUAGCUACAUGUUCGUUGUGUUGUAAUAACGUAUUUUCUGGUCGAAACAUUGUAAGGAGGUAUUUAUUGACGCAUACAAAAUUAAAUUCGCAUAUUUGUAAGAUGUGCAACAAAACGUUUUCCUUGCUAGGAUGUAACUACAUUUCAAAUUUUUUAAAAAUAAUUAAUUUAGAUAUGGAAUUAGAAUUGAAAAAUUAAUUUUAUAUUCAAAGUAAUUGCUUUUAGAAUUAAAAUUUAUUUUUGAGUGUCUAUGUACGAAAGAUCUUUACGAUUGAUUGGUCCCUUAAUAAAAAUCAUAACAUUUGUGGUUAUAUAACACAUUCUUUAUGUAUGAAAUAUUUUUGCAAAUUUCUUGUGAGAAAAUUUACUAAAAAAAACUGUUGAAAAUGCUACAAAUUGUAUGCUUCAAGUGUAGGAAUAUGUAAUAUUAAUUAAUAUCAAAUCACUGGAUAAUUCCAAGACAAACUAAAUCAAUGUGAGAGAUGUUUUUACAAAGAUCAAAAUUGAAUUGUGUCUACCCUACUUUUUAAACUAUCUUUAUCUGCUACCUCUCUCUGACUUCUCAUUCUACUUUUGAAGAAAAAUAAAUUAUUUUAUUUUCGACUCCCUAGACAUCCAAUAAUUUUUAUGUAAUGAUAUCUUUAAAUCUGGAAAAGGAAGCUGUAAAACGAUUUGGCUGAAUUUUUAUCUAAAUUUUAAAAGUUAAAUAAUAUACAGGGUGAUCAAGAAAUAAAAGGAGGUGCUCAGAGCCGUGUGGCGUGUUAUGUAUUAGAUGAAAUACAACAAAAUUUGGUCAUCAUACACAUUAAAUUAUGCGGUUUUGAUUUAUCAAGACGGGAAAAAAAUUAGUCCCAAAAAAACGCCGAUAAGAGAAGUCCUGGCGCUGCAAGCGCAGAAUGUGUGGAAAAAGAAUACAUAACUGUCAGUGGAAACAGUAAAUAGCAACACACCAAAUACCAAUGAAAAGCGUUUAUUAUAGCUAGCUUAUUUACUUUCAAAUUUUGCUCAAGGUGACUACCAACUUGAUGUUCCAGUAAUUGCAUACGGUACAUGAAAUUUUCGAAGGUGGCUCGCAGCAUAUCGGCAUUUAUUCGUCUGACAUGUAACAUUAUUGAUCUUUUAAAGUAGGAAUGUCAGGAAAAUGUCCUUGGUACACAACGCCUUUCAAGUGAAUCAGAAUUGUCACAUAACCAGAUAUUGCCAAGAUUCAGAUCAGUGUCAUAAGUUAACGGAUGUUAUCUUAUACGGAUAAAAUUUCAGGAUCUUACCCAAUAUCUUCUGAUCGUCGAGAACGGGGUAUCUGUUUAUCGUGAUAUUGAUCGAGAACUGCUGGUACCCUGCUUAUUAGCUAUCCCUUGAUCCAUAACGGCAGUUGCAAAUUCAACUUGUUCCUGAUUGAUAACUUCACGUCCUCGGCCUGGUUGCACACCAAGAAUUCCUGUUGUUUCAAAUAUUUCAACUAUCCUUCGGAAGUUAGUUAUGGUCAUCUGUCCUGUACGUAACUGUUUUAACCGCCGGUAUUCAUGAAGAGCAGCACUGGCAUUUUCAUCCCGCUGGAUAAAACAGCUUGACUAAUGAGGCGCGUUCACGUAGUGACAAUGCAGUUGACGUGCGAAUUCUUGCAGAAUGACAUAUUCAACGCUUCCUUUUAUCUUCGACGUCAUGUCACAAUGUACCCGUAUAAGCAAAUUACAUAAUAAAGCUUUGGUACU